AUGUCACAAUCUGCUGUGUUAAUAAUUUAUCGAUCACAAUUGCAGACGCAUCACAGCAGGUUGCUAAUUUUUACUUCCUUUGACCUUUCCAUCGACGAUUCGCAACAGUUGGCCGAGGAGGAGAUCGGCUCCAAGGACGAAGUGGCUGCAAUCUAUGGUAGAGCUGUUUCUGGCAGAUGCAACAAGGAAUCACGCCAUCAACCGCGUUUGCUAUCCAUCUUGGAGCACCGGCCGCUACGAUUAGCGAACCGGCUAUUCUUUUCCUCGGUUCUGCCCGUACAUCUUCGCUUCCGUAGAGCGAAGACGAUGCUCCGUCGCUCCGCCACCGCCACAAAGGUGCGGACAAACGCUGGUCCGCUCCUCCUGUUCCUCAUCCUCAUCAUCGUCUUCUUCUCCUUCUUUUCCGUAUCUCUGCACCGUGCGGACCUCAAUCCUUCCUUCUUUCCACCAUCAGAACCCGAACGGAGAAUGCCACUCUUCGCCACCCCUAGCCCCGCUCGAGCCCUAAACGCGAGGCCUCUCAUCAGCUCCAGCUUCAGAUUCAUCGUGAAGGUGCUCGCCUACAAUCGGCUCGAUUCCCUCAUCCGUUGCCUUCGAUCCCUGGCGGAGGCGGAUUAUGACGGCGACCGCGUUGAUCUUCACGUUUUCGUCGAUCACUUCAAGGCCGACGCCGGCGCCGGGAACAGCAUGGAUCAGAGGCUGGAGGCCGCGAGGAAGAUGCUCAGCUUCGUGGACGGGUUCGAGUGGCGGUUCGGGGAGAAACUGGUGCAUUACCGGACGGGGAACGUCGGGCUGCCGGCGCAGUGGCUGGAGGCAUGGUGGCCGAGCUCAGACGACGAAUUCGCGUUCGUGGUCGAGGACGAUCUGGAGCUCUCGCCCCUCUAUUAUCGAUACCUCAGGAGGCUGAUCGCAACUUACUACUACGAGUCGUCGAAUUACAGUCCUUCGAUCUAUGGCGCGUCUCUGCAACGCCCGGCAUUCGUCGCCGGCAUACGUGGAAACAAAGUGCACUUGGAUGAUGAAGAGCACAUAAUAUUAUACCAGCUGGUUGGAACCUGGGGACAGCUUCUCUUCCCUAAACCAUGGAAGGAGUUCCGCCUGUGGUAUGACAUGCAUAAGAUGAAAAAUAUCCAGCCAAUUCUGGAGGGUAUGGUAACAACAAGGUGGCAUCGGAGUAUAGGUUACAAAAUUUGGACUCCAUGGUUCGUUAAGUUUGUUCAUAGCCGAGGUUACUACAAUAUGUACAGCAAUUUCUUGAGAGAGCGAGCUCUUAGUGUAUCUCACAGAGAAGCUGGUGUAAACUAUAGAACAAGAGCUGGACCUGACUCUAAACUGAUAGUUAAUGGCAGCCUGGACGUGGACUUGUGGGACAUUAAGCCUUUGAGAUCUCUCAAGUGGUAUGGUUACUGCUUCAAUCAAGUAAUUCCGGGAAGAAUUGUGAAGACCCUCAAUGACCUGAGCUCUCUCCUUCAUUCUCUGCAGAGAGACAAGGCUGUCAUUUUUGUGAGCUUGUAUGGUGUUGCAGAAGCAAUCUCGAGGAAUUUACUAUGCCACUUUGAAAAUCUGAAUAUACAGAACUACAUUGUACUAGGUCAUGGUGACAAUUUUCUAUAUGAUCUUGCUAGGAGGGGACAUCCAGUUAUUGACACUGAGAAACUGGUUCUAGAUGUCAAGAGAGGCUCUUGGAAUGCAAUAUCAAAACAGGGCAAGGAGGUGCUGGUUACUGCCCAUGUGAUAAAGAAGUCCGUUGAGAAAGGUUACAAUGCUUGGCUGAUCAGUGGAAAUAUGAUUCCUACUGGCGACCAAUUUUCCAAAUCCUUUCAUGCUAAGUAUGAUUUCGCUACUGCAAACGAUCUGGAGCUAUCAUUCUUCAAGAGUUCUGGGUCCAAGCUUCUUCACAAGCUAAUAGAUUCUGUGAUAGGUGGUAAAUUGUCUUUAAAUAAGCUAUCCUUUGCGCAACUGAUUGGGGGGUUCCGGAAGGAGAGUGGCCUACCAAUCAAAACUAUUGAUGUUGAGAAAAUUGCUCACAGAGUAACACCCAAUCAGGGAAAAAAGAAUGAUUUAGCUAAUGGGAGGAAGAUGAUAUUUUGGUCUCCUGAUCUGCAGCUAACUGUGCUUGAAGGUCAUCUCAGGCAAUUGGGAUUGUGGGUUAUUGAUGAGGAGCUAUCAUGCACUUCCGUGGUCUGCCAUUCAUCGUAGUGAUGAUAAAUGCAUGCAGCUUCAUUCUUCUCAUGUUCAGACGCGUGCGUGACCAAGCACGUCCUUCACGACGUUAUUUGUAUUGUCGACACUAGUCUGCCUCUUGCAUAAUUUUGUACGAGAACUAUACUGUUAGCUGUUCCAUAUUUCUUGUAAUAUAAUCCUCUAUACGGUCGUCAACCACGAUGGCGAACGCAUCAGGAGUCCCUAUCUUCUGUUUCUAUUGAUUGUCAAGAGCGGCUACCCAAGUACAUCCCCCCUAAGUCACUAAAAGUACAUUAGUCCAGUAACGGGGCUAGGUUUUUGUUGUUUCACCAUUGAAUUGUGACUGGUAGACAACAGCCUGCAAGAAGUAGUGGAGCAAAAAACUAGUAACGGGGGUAAACAAAAUAGAGCUGACAAGGGAGUAUGAGUUCAGAAUGAAGCAGUAAUAUCUAGAGGAAGUUGGAUAUACCUCAAAACAGUUGACACCAAUGACGACGCACGAUUUGAAUGAGAGACCGCCUAUAUUUGUGCUUUUGUCUACUUUUCUUGCAUAUAAAAUUAUCCAGUUGUGUAGCCUUCUUCAUGUAU